AUGGAUGAACCAAGAGAUAGCGAUUUAAUGGAAUUAUCGGCAAUUGAAGAAUCCAAUUCCAGUCGACUAAUUCAUCAGUCAUCUUUAUCUAAAGGUUUCUGUGUUAAGGAGUAUGAAGAAGCAAUGGACUGCCUUAAAAAGGAAAAUUUUAAUUUAAAGCUAAAAGUCUACUUCUUGGAAAAAAACAGUAAUGGUACUUUGCAAAAUAAUACUACAGGAAUUGAUAACUUCCAGAAGCAAUUCACAGAUAUAAAGGCAGAAAAUGAAGCAUUAUCACAUGAGUUAAAUGAGAAGCAGCAAUUAUUGCAACAAGCUUCUUUAGCGUUCGAGUUGCUCGAAGAAGAAAAAACAAACAGUCAAAGUUGCGCUGAAUUAUUGAUUAAAGAACUAAAUGAAAAAGUAAAAUGCCUUGAACAAGAUAAUCUAAAGUUAAAUCAUGCUCUAAAUGACAUGAAUAAAUCCAAUUUGGGAAACGAUACAGGAUAUGCUGAUUUUCUUGGAGCUGUUGAUUUCAGGGACAUUGAGUUGCAACGAAAAGUAAUGGAGAUGAGCCAAUUGUCCGAAGAGUACAAACAACAAGUCAACAGUAUGCAACAGGAAAUCCUUAAAUUAAAUAGCAUGUUGAAGGAUUCCGAAUCACGAGCAGCAGCUCUAAAAUAUGAGCGAGAUGAAAUGCAAGAUAAAUUUGAGAAUGCAGAAUCUGAAUCAAAAUUGUUGACAAGCGACUUAGAAAACGAAUUAUCGGUAUUUAAGAACAAAUGGGCAUCGACACAAUGCGAAUUAAGUGAUGUUGAAGUAAAAUUGAAGGAGUCUGAAGACGAACGUGUAAAGACUUUAAAGUAUUUGACUCAAUGUUUGCAAACUUUGGAUGAAAACUGUCAAAAAAUUACAACAUUGGAGUCAAUGAUUGAUCAAAAGCAGGCAUCUGGGAUUGAUUCAGAAGGAGCUAAAAAGGACGCAGAAAUUGGUGAUUUGAAGAUGCAGAUUGAGAAAAUGAACCAACAAUUGAAAGAAGUCACUUCAUCUGAGCUUGAAGCAAAAAAUCAGGAAAUUCAAAAACUUUCUCAAAUUAUCAGCAAGAUCAAAAGUGACGAAAAUAAAAAUUUGUCAGAUACACCGAGAUUUUCAUUUGAUUAUCUUUAUGAAAGCUUCAAUGAUCUUAAAUUUCAACAAGCUAUGGAGAUUAAAAAGCAGUCACAAACAAAAGUUAAUGAGCUUAUGCAUGAACUAGUCGGUUUGGCAAAUUCAAAAACCAAGGAACAAUUCAAUCAACUUAAAGAACAAAUGGGUAUUGUUAUUGAAAAACAAGAAAUAGCUGAUAAUGCUUUGAACCGUUGUGCAGAAUUAUGCUCAUAUACUUUGGAUCAUGUUCAUAAGCUUGCACAGUUCUUAUCUACUUUAUUGGAAAAUAAGGAAAUACGUGAAUCGUUGGGUAAUCAAAGUCUUUUAGACAUCCAAAAUGUUCUUGAUAAAAGCGUUGAAUUUUCACGUUAUUCAAUCGACGGUCGUAUUUCAGCAUUUCCUGAUUUAUCUAUGCUAGGUAGCUUACUUACCACAACCCGUGACUCGAUUUCCAACAUUCGUGAAAGACACAUUGAAAUUAUUAAAAUGGACAAAUCAGUACAAUCAACUGUCUACAUUUGUCAAUCAUGUGAUGAUUUAAAAUUUCAACUGAAUGCCUUUUCGGAAGAAUUUGAAGAGUUAAAGAAGAUUAACCAACUGCUUGAAGAUGAAAUUUGUGAAUAUCGUGAAAAAUUAGAUUUUCACGAUGGUGAGAUUAAGAAAUGCAAUGAUGAAAUAAAAUCGUUAAUAGAAAAUGAAAUGGAAACUAAUGUCAUAUUAAAGGAUAGUCAAAAUACAGUUCGUUUGCUGCAAGCAGAAAAAAUUAAUUUAUUAUCAAAAUUGGAUGGAAACGAGAAUUUAGUUCAAAAGUUGGAAAAACAAAUAAAAGAUUUUGAAGUUGAUUUAGAAACGAACUGGAUGCUCAAAUGCGAUCAUAAUAAAUAUAUCAAGAAGAUAAAGGAUGAUGUAGUUAAUGCUGAAGCUCAAACGGCAGCUAUACGUUUUGAGCUUGAAGAAAUCCGAAAGCUUUAUCCUAAAUUUAAAUCUAAUCGAGCAAGACUUUCAAUAGAAGAUGAUCAAGAAAAUCAAAUCAAACUCGAUAAUUUUGAAUCUGUACAAAAUCAAAAUAACUGCAAGGUGGAUAUAGGUGAUAUUCAGGUGACAACGAAUAAACUUGAAUUUUCAGAUGAUGAUCAACAUCAACAAAGUUUAAUACCUACAGCAUCUUCUUCUAAUAUUUCAUGCAGGAACUGUCCAAAAUAUAAAGGUCAAAUUAUUGAAUUGAAGAAAUAUUUGCAAGCUUGUUAUGAAAAACUCAAAAAGCAAUCAUUUCAAAAGAAUCUUAUCGACCGUAAUGUUCAGCAGCAAUUAAAUGAGACCGAAAAUUUCAUGCAGCAUGCUCGUUCCAACAUGGAAAACAUUUUAAAAAGCAAGGAAAAUUUAAAUUAA